AGUAGUCCUUCUACAAUAUAUCUGUCCACAUUUAAUCACUGAGACAUAGAAGAUAUUUCCAGUUGUACACAGGCGAGCUCUACAUAGAUGCAGAAUUAGGUUUUCCAAGGCCAGAAUGGGAUCUCUUGACAAUGACAUUAAUCAAGAUUUUCAGGAUGCCAUUGAUGUAAUUCAGCGUCACUCUCAGAUCCGACACUGUGACAACGAAAAUAAAUACUAUGAGAAUUUGGGAAGUCAACAGUCCUCUGUGAGACAUGCCAUCUCAUACUAUCAGUUCACACCUCAUUUCGAGCCUCCAGGACCGGUGUUUGACUGGAAUGAAUCCUCGUCAUGGUCUCACAUUGGGCCAGAUGUGUCUCUGGGGCCACUGUGUUCCGCUGACUCUUCAGCGUUUUACUCGAGUUUACCACAGCGCCACGGAAAAGGCCGUAAGAAGUUACGCUUAUAUGAAUAUUUGCACGAGGCUCUUCACGAUGACAACAUGGGCGACUCCAUCCAAUGGACGGACCGAGGAAGCGGGAUCUUCCACUUCAUCUCCAAAAAUAAAGAAAAACUGGCCGAAUGCUGGGGUCAGCGCAAGGGCAACCGCAAGACCAUGACCUACCAGAAAAUGGCACGCGCUCUCCGCAACUACAGCCGCACGGGUGAGAUUGUCAAAGUGCGUCGCAAGCUCACCUAUCAGUUUAACCCAGCUAUACUGCAGCGAUUGAGUUCACUGUCAGGCUACAGCUCGGGCCCUUCGUCCAGAGACAUGGCCCUUCAUCAGCAAGGCUCUGCUGAGCACGUCUACUACAGCUCUCCUCUACAGGACUGUCAUUACUGGUACGGCCAAUGCUCUUACCAGGCCGAGUACGAUCUUGCUACUGUGCUGACAAUGCACGAGGAGCCCAAAAUUGGCGUUUCAGCUCAGUGAUUCUCAAAAGAGCCCUUUUCUGUCAUGCCAUGAAUUCUGACAUUUCUGUCCUUUACAUGGGAGAUUCUUGCAAAUAAACUUUGACAUCGCAAAAAUGUACAAAAUUACCCACAGUGCUUUAGAAAUGAGUGGAUGCAUGUAAAUAGUUAAAAGUUUGUUUGUUUGUUUGUUUUUGAAAGAAAUUAAGACUUCUGUCAGUAAGGAUGCAUUUAAUUGAUAA